GCUGUUCCGCUCCAACAACAACCCCGUGCUUCCGUGUUCAGAACCGUACAGGCGUUCCGGACACAUACCAUGUCAUAAACUCUGCCGCGAGCGCCCAGUAGAGGUCAUCAUGGCUGCCAACUACUGGGAAUCGACCCAGCGUCGCUUCUGGCUCUUCUCCAAAGACGAACUCCAAGCGGUGCGCCAGAAACUUGAAGACGACAAUGCCGAGCUCGUCCAAAUGUUCCCUCUCCCGCAGCCGCGGCACCUGGCCAUUUUUUUUAACCAGCAGGUCAACCGCCUAGGUAAACGCAUGGUCAUUCGACAGCAAGCCAUGGCCACCGCUCAGGUCUACAUCAAACGCUUCUAUACCAAGGUCGAGAUCCGACGAACGAACCCCUACCUGGUGGUCGCGACGGCUCUCUACCUGGCUUGUAAGAUGGAAGAGUGUCCUCAGCAUAUCCGCUUGAUUGUCAGCGAGGCCCGCUCGUUGUGGCCCGACUUUCUAAGUCUCGAUACCUCGAAGCUCGGCGAGUGCGAGUUCUUCAUGAUUUCCGAAAUGAGCUCCCAGCUCAUUGUCUAUGCGCCCUACCGAACCCUGAACAGCUAUCAACAGGAACUGAGCCUGACACAAGAGGACGUGAAUCUGGGCUGGUCCAUUCUAAACGAUCAUUAUAUGACGGAUCUGCCCCUGCUAUACCCGCCGCACAUCAUUGCGCUCACCGCGAUCCUGCUUGUCCUGGUACUGCGACCUUCUUCUAGUAUGUCGGGAUCGAACCAACCGACGGCGACGAACAUCGCUGCUGCGAGUGCGGCGUUGGCCCAGGCCCAAGGAAGGGCACCAGGACUGCCUCCAACCCCAGGCACGCCCAAUCCAGCCGACAAGGAGAAGCAACCGGAGGCCAGGUUUGGCCGGGUGCAGCGCUAUGGCGCCUGGUUGGCAGAGAGUAAUGUGGAUAUUGCCGCCAUGGUCGACUGCACCCAGGAGCUGAUUUCGUUCUACGAGUGCCAUGAGCAGUACAACGACAAGCUUACCCGGGAACAAAUCAACAGAUUCGUCAAGGCAAGGGUUCUCGACAAGUGAUUCAGCCAUUCUUACCAGGCUGCGUGUCUAUACAAAUACCGUUUAAGUUGUGGCAGAGGAGUGAAAAUACCAUUUAUAACAUCUGUGUGCUAGGUCUCAAAAAGUUGUCAACGCCCACCGCAAUUGUUUGGCUUGGUAUGCAAUCGUCAGAGAGUAUCGUUUAUGAAGCUACAAGACCACAUCGAGGCUUGACUGGUCACCAGUACUGGUCGAUGAAUGCUCCUCGCUCAUCAACCCGGCGCCAGUCAAUAGUCACGGCCGAACGAUCCACUAUGUAUAUGACAUGAGAUUUUGAGGAUAG